CUAUCAUUCCUAAUCAGAUCCCCCACUUCACAAUCAGACAAACGAACAAACAAAGCAGCCUCUCUAUCCUUCUUCAACCUUUCCAUUCAUUAAAAAUACGAUUAAACUGAACUUCUUAAGGUAUACAAAUUACACAAAUUAUAUUUUCAGAGAAAACAAGAAAGAAAGAAAGAGACGAAGUUUGACCGUACGAACAGAAAGUCGUCGCGGAUAAGUUUGUUGUAGAUAGAGAGAAAUGGCGACGCCGUUACCGGAAUUGCAAAGAGGAGAAGGGAUGAUGUUAUCGAAAGUGGAGCCUAAUAAUAAUAAUAAUACAAGUAAAGGAGGUCGUCGUCGUCGUUGUUGUUGUGCAGAGAGCAAAAACGACGACCAAAUAAAAUCUCCAAUCUUAAUUUUUCUUUACUUCCAUAAAGCCAUUUGUAAUGAGCUUGAUUCGCUUCAUCAAUUAGCUUUGGCUUUUGCUACUGGACACCCUGUCGAUCUCGGUUCUCUCUUCGAACGCUACCAUUUUAUUCGAAUGAUUUAUAAUCACCAUUCCAAUGCCGAGGAUGAGGUUAUUUUUCCAGCUCUUGACAUACGUGUCAAGAAUGUGGCACAAGCGUACUCACUUGAACACAAGGGUGAAAGCAGUCUUUUUGCUCAAUUAUUUGAGCUGCUCAAUAGUUAUAAGCAAAAUGAUGAAAGCUUCCCAAAGGAAUUAGCAUCUUGCACAGGAGCCCUGCAGACAUCACUUAUUCAGCACUUGGCAAAGGAAGAGGAACAGGUCUUUCCCUUGCUUGUUGAGAAGUUCUCUCUUGAAGAGCAGGCAUCUCUAAUGUGGCAGUUUGUAUGCAGCAUUCCUGUGAACAUGAUGGCAGAGUUUCUGCCAUGGUUAUCAUCUUCUCUUUCACCUAUCGAACGCCAAGACAUGUGCAACUGUUUAAGCAAGAUAAUUCCAGAAGAGAAGCUUCUUCAGCAGAUUAUUUUCACCUGGAUGGAAGGGGGGAAUCACGAGAAGACAGCUCUUGAUAAUCCUCAGGAUGAAUGCUGUGCAAAUUCUGCUGCUAGCACAAUAACUCAUGAAUUGGAUCAUAUGACCUGUGCAUGUGAGCAAUACAAGAUUGGGAAAAGGAAAUAUUUGGAAUCAAGUGAUGAUGCUUCAGAUCCUGUGAGAACACAUCCAAUAAAUGAAAUAUUGCUUUGGCAUAAUGCUAUUAAAAGAGAGUUAAAUAAGUUAGCUGAGGAAGCUAGAAAGAUACAAUCUUCUGGGGAUUUUACAAAUCUAUCGACCUUUGAUGAUCGGUUGCAAUUCAUUGCUGAAGUUUGCAUCUUCCAUAGCAUUGCUGAGGACAAGGUCAUAUUUCCUGCAGUAGAUGGAGAGUUCUCUUUCUUCCAAGAGCAUGCUGAAGAAGAAAGUCAAUUUAAUGCAUUUAGAAGCUUGAUUGAAGGUAUCCAAAGAUCAGGUGCAAAUUCUAAUUCAGCUGCUGAGUUUUAUGCAAAGUUGUGCUCACAUGCUGAUCAGAUAAUAGAGACUAUAGAAAAGCACUUCUACAAUGAGGAAGUUCAGGUUCUUCCACUUGCCCGAAAGCACUUUAGCUUCAAAAGGCAACAGGAUCUUUUAUACCAAAGCUUGUGUGUGAUGCCACUGAAAUUGAUUGAACGUGUUUUGCCAUGGUUGGUGGGGACUCUAACUGAAGUUGAGGCCAAGAAUUUUCUGAAGAACAUGCAGUCAGCAGCUCCAUCGACAGAUGCUGCAUUGGUGACACUUUUCACUGGCUGGGCUUGCAAGGGACGUAGCCAGGGCGCAUGCUUGUCAAGUGCAAUAGGCUGUUGUCCAGCUAAAAAUUUCUCUGAUAUUGAAGAAGAUGUUGCAUCAUGCUAUGCAUGUGCUUCUGUAUUUUGUUCUAGUAAUAACUGUGUAUCAGUUCAUGAAGACAACAUCAAAAGGGCAGUCAAAAGAAACAUUUCAGUGUCAUGCAAAAAUAGCGAUGCCCCCAACUCCUCAGACACUCCAAGUUCCAAUAAACCAUCUUGCACUAAUCGGGUUUGUUGUGUCCCAGGUUUAGGAGUUAAUAGCAAUAAUCUAGGUUUUAGUUCUCUUUCUUCUGCCAAGUCUUUGCGGUCCUUGUCUUUCAGCUCCUCUGUUCCAGCCCUUAAUUCCAGUCUUUUUGUCUGGGAAACAGAUAAUAGUUCCUCUGACAUUGACUAUGUAGAACGACCAAUUGAUACGAUAUUUAAAUUUCAUAAAGCUAUACGCAAAGACUUGGAGUAUCUGGAUAUUGAAUCUGGGAAGCUUGGGGAUUGUGAUGAGGCACUUCUUCAGCAGUUUAUCGGAAGAUUCCGUUUGCUAUGGGGAUUAUACCGAGCUCAUAGUAAUGCUGAGGAUGAUAUUGUUUUCCCAGCGUUAGAAUCCAAAGAGGCACUUCAUAAUGUGAGUCAUUCAUACAUGCUGGACCAUAAGCAAGAGGAAAAAUUAUUUGAAGAUAUUUCAUGUAUUCUAUCUGAGCUUUCAGGACUUCAUGAAAACUUGCAUAGGGCCCACUUAAUGGAGGCUUCAGCUGGAAGCAAUAUGGAGAUUUCUGUUGCACAUGAUGAUGAUUGUAUGGUAAAGUAUGCUGAGCUAGCUACUAAGCUGCAAGGAAUGUGCAAAUCAAUAAGGGUUACUCUUGAUCACCAUAUUUUCAGAGAAGAACUUGAAUUAUGGCCAUUGUUUGGGAAGCAUAUUUCUGUUCAAGAGCAAGAUAAAAUAGUUGGCCGCAUAAUUGGUACUACUGGUGCUGAAGUGCUGCAAUCUAUGUUACCUUGGGUAACUUCUGCUCUUACUCAGGAUGAGCAGAACAAAAUGAUGGACACAUGGAAACAGGCUGCAAAAAACACAAUGUUCAAUGACUGGCUAAAUGAAUUCUGGAAGGGACCUACAGAGUCAUCUUUGCAGACUGAACCGUCAGAAUCUAGCAUUUUUGAAGAAGCCAAAGAGUUCAAAGAUAGCUUGGACCCGACUGAUCAGAUGUUUAAGCCUGGGUGGAAGAAUAUCUUCCGUAUGAAUGAAAAUGAGCUCGAGUCUGAGAUUAGAAAGGUUUACAGGGACUCAACUCUUGAUCCAAGGAGAAAAGCAUAUCUUGUUCAAAAUCUUCUGACUAGUCGCUGGAUAGCUGCUCAGCAGAAGUUGCCUCAAACAACAUCAGAUGAAACUUCUAAUGAUGAUGAUGUUAUGGAAUGCUCACCAUCAUAUCGAGAUCAUGAAAAUCAAGUAUUUGGGUGUGAGCACUACAAGCGAAACUGUAAACUUCGUGCCGCUUGCUGUGGCAAGUUGUUUACUUGUAGAUUUUGCCAUGACAAAGCGAGCGAUCACUCAAUGGAUAGAAAAGCGACAUCAGAAAUGAUGUGCAUGCGCUGUCUGAAGAUUCAGGCGGUUGGGCCAUUCUGCACUACACCUGCAUGCGAUGGACUUUCCAUGGCAAAGUACUAUUGCAAUAUAUGCAAGUUUUUUGACGAUGAAAGGACUAUAUAUCAUUGCCCUUUUUGCAACUUAUGCCGUGUUGGGAAGGGUCUUGGCAUUGAUUACUUUCAUUGCAUGACAUGCAACUGUUGCUUGGGGAUUAAGGCAGUGAAUCACAAGUGCUUGGAGAAAGGUUUGGAGACAAACUGUCCCAUCUGCUGCGAUUUUUUAUUCACCUCGAGUGAAACUGUCAGAGCUUUGCCUUGUGGCCAUUACAUGCAUUCAGCUUGCUUUCAGGCGUACACUUGCAGUCACUACACCUGCCCAAUUUGCAGCAAAUCCUUAGGAGAUAUGGCGGUUUACUUUGGCAUGCUUGACGCAUUGUUGGCUGCUGAGGAGCUUCCAGAAGAAUACAGGGAAUGUUUUCAAGAUAUACUGUGCAAUGACUGCGAUCGAAAGGGAACCGCACGCUUCCACUGGUUAUAUCACAAAUGCGGAUCUUGUGGAUCUUACAACACCCGAGUGAUCAAGAGUGGGAUGGCGAAACCCAACUCCUCUGCUUCACAUCAGUGAUAAUUUUUUCUUGUGGGUAGAUGAAGAGGUAUAGGCAUUAGUUUGUAUAUAACUGUUGAUUCGACCAAUUUAUUUUUACCUGUCGCCAAGUUUUAUGUAUGCUCAGAUGUGUCAUCUUGUAAAAAUUCUUCGAAUGAUUGAAUUUUUCUUGUUUGAGUUCCACGGAUAGCAUACAGAUGGCGAGAGCACUUGAUAGAAAAGAUAAAAGUUCUUCGAAACAUUGAA